AUGACCAAUCCAGACUUCAAGACAUAUAUUGUCACCCUAAAAGAGAACGCUGCUGUUGAAAACUUCAAGAAGGCGAUCAAUGCCAUCGGUGGAGAAAUUGGACAUGAAUACUCCUUAAUCAAGGGGUUUUCAAUCAAGAUUCCAUCAAUCAGUGCAUCUGAAUUGCAUAAAACAGAAGGAAUUAAUACCAUUGAGGAAGACAAAGAGGUAAAUAUUCAAUGA